AAGUUUGUUGUGGUGCGGAGCGUCCCGGACGCUUGGGGCGGCUGGAGGGAACCGGGUCGCGGUGCCACCAUGGCGGUGCGACAGGCGCUGGGCCGCGGCCUGCAGCUGGGUCGAGCGCUGCUGCUGCGCUUCACCGCCAAGCCUGGCUCGGCCUACGUCUGGGGGCGGCCCGAGCGGCCGGGCCCCGCGGCGGCCUGGCGCCGCGGAGAACGCCCCGGCCAGGCCGCGGGGCCCGGCGCGGAGCGGCGCCGGCUCGGGCUCGGGCUCCCCGACCGCUACCGCUUCUUCCGCCAGUCGGUGGCCGGGCUGGCGGCGCGGCUCCAGCGGCAGUUCACGGUGCGGGCCCGGGGCGGCGCGGGCCCUUGCGGCCGGGCCGUCUUUCUGGCCUUCGGACUGGGCCUGGGCCUCAUCGAGGAGAAGCAAGCGGAGGGUCGGCGGGCGGCGUCGGCCUGUCAGGAGAUCCAGGCAAUUUUUACCCAGAAAAACAAGCUGCUGCCUGACCCCUUGGACACCAGAUGCCGGCGGGGCUUCCGGCUGGAGGAGUAUCUGAUAGGGCAGUUCAUUGGCAAGGGCUGCAGUGCUGCUGUGUAUGAAGCCACCAUGCCUGUGUUGCCCCAGAACCUGGAGGUGGUGAAGAGCAUCAGGCCUCUUCCAGGCAGAGGCCCGGAUGUCGUUCCACGAGAAGAGGAGCCAGCCUCCCAGGCCCCUGCCUUUCCCUUAGCCAUCAAAAUGAUGUGGAAUAUCUCGGCAGGCUCCUCCAGUGAAGCCAUCUGUAGGACGAUGAGCCAGGAGCUAGUCCCAGCUAGUCGAGUGGCCUUGGGCGGGGAGUACGGAGCAGUCACUUACAGAAGAUCCAAGGGAGGUCCCAAGCAACUGGCCCCUCACCCCAACAUCAUCCGGGUCUUUCGCGCCUUCACCUCUUCUGUACCACUGCUGCCAGGGGCCCUGGUCGACUACCCUGAUGUGCUGCCCCCACAUCUUCACCCCGAAGGCCUGGGCCACGGGCGGACGCUCUUCCUCGUUAUGAAGAACUAUCCCUGCACACUGCGCCAGUACCUUCGUGAGAACACCCCAAGCCCCCGCCUCGCCACCGUGAUGAUCUUGCAGCUGCUGGAGGCGGUGGAUCAUCUGGUUCAACAGGGCGUCGCGCACAGAGACUUAAAAUCUGACAACAUUCUCGUGGAGUUGGACGCAGAUGGCUGCCCCUGGCUGGUGAUCACAGACUUCGGCUGCUGCCUGGCUGACGAGCGCACCGGCCUGCGGCUGCCUUUCACCAGCUGGUCUGUGGAUCGGGGCGGAAACGGCUGCCUGAUGGCUCCAGAGGUGUCCACCGCCUGCCCUGGCCCCAAGGCGGUGAUCGACUACAGCAAGGCGGAUGCCUGGGCUGUCGGCGCGCUCGCCUACGAAAUCUUCGGGCUCUCCAACCCCUUCUAUGGCCAGGGCGGGGCCCACCUUGAAAGCCGCAGUUACCAGGAGGCUCAGCUGCCCACACUGCCCGAGUCGGUGCCUCUAGAUGCAAGACAGCUGGUGAGGUCACUGCUCCAGCGAGAGGCCAGCAAGAGACCAUCUGCCCGAGUAGCUGCUAAUGUACUUCAUUUAAGCCUCUGGGGUGAACAUACUCUAGCCCUGAAGAAUCUAAAACUAGACAAGAUGAUUGGCUGGCUCCUGCAACAGUCAGCUGCCACUCUGCUGGCUGAUAGGCUCACAGAGAGGAGCUGUGUGGAAACCAAGAUGAAGAUGUUAUUUCUGGCCAACCUGGAGUACGAAGCGCUGUGCCGGGCAGCCCUGCUCCUCUUCUCCUGGAGAGCAGCCCCGUGAGGGCUCUGCUGUCGCUGGCGUAUCACUAAAAGAACUUCGCAACCUGUGUGUGGUGCUGGUCUGUGAGGGCUGCGGGCGGCGCUAGAGAUAAGGCCUCGGGCUUGGCAGGUAGAAGGAACAGCUGGUGGCAAAGGUCACGGUCUGUAGCUACUAACUCACCUGAGCUGUGCAAUUUUAGGUGCACCGUGUAACCUGCAUGAGGUUCUCACCUGUGCUGAGAGAACUGGACCAGCGCGGAGCCCGAGGGGCUGGCGGCUCUCUGCACAGGGCUCGUGGUAAAUACCGCAGCUGUCACGGCUACUCCCCGUUGUUAGAGCACAAAAGCAGUCCAAAAUGCGUAAAUACACUGAAAUUUGAAUUUCAUGUGUCACUAAAUAUUCUUCUAAAUUUUUUUUUCAACUAUUUAAAAAUGUGAAAACCACUUUUGGCUUGCAGGCCAGACUGGCCAAGCCAUGGUUUGCCAACCCCUGGUCUAGAUGAAUCCAAAGGGCCUAACUAAAAAGAAAUAAGUAACCACUAGGCCCCCUGUGUGUAAGUGCUAACAAUGUGUAAGAAAGAUCGGAAUACAAAUCCACAAGAGUUCAGCAGGUGAAAAGAGGGUCCGGAACUGGUUAACUGUGGGCCAAAAAGCCCUACCAGCCUCCCAGACCCCUGUGAGGGUCCAGGCAGCACGGGACUCCAGGAAUGAACUCUGGCUUGUUUGAAAGUGGCAGCCAGGACCUCGGUCUGCAUGUUUUCUGAACUGGACGCUGUAUUUGGUCAGUAUAUUCAGGUAUCAGAAUGAAGAGACAGCCAGUGGGGCCUGGAAAGCUUGGGGAGGCGGCGGGGGGCAGGGGGGUCUCUGAGGAAGCACUUCCGCACAGCUUCCUCCAGCUACUGAAUCAAGUCUAACAGAGCUAGAAGCAAUGAUGAAAUGGAAAUUAACAGUGUGUUGUUUUACUGCUGAUUUGCCUUUUGACUAGCAUCUCUUACAGGAAUUGUGAAGAAUUAAAUGCUCAUUUACAACUGAAGAACA